AUGCCUGGAAUGCCCUUACAGAGUCCCAGGAUGGAGAGGGAUGCAGAAGGCUUUCUCAUCAUGGAUGAGCCCCCAGCCGUGAGCACCAAAUACGAUGGACGUGAAUGGGCUCUGGAGGUUCCUCAGCAGCCUAUUCGUGCCCGGAUGUGCGGAUUUGGCGACAAAGACAGAAGACCAAUUACGCCGCCACCAUGUGUCAGAUUGAUCGUGAGGGAUCCGAUGACAGGACGGGAGAUUGAUGCUCAGGACAUCGACAUUUCCUUCUUUGUGAUCACCGUCGAUUUGUGGGAUGAAGAGGCUCAGAAAGAGGUCAACCUAGUGAAACACGCAGCCAAUUCUCCAUCCAUUUCCACAGCCAGCGCGGUAGCCUACCCCCAAACCCCAACUGCCAAUUCUGCAACGCAAGCUUUUUAUCAAUACCCACAAAGCAAUUUUGCUUCGCCCAACAAUGCCCCACAGCAAAAUCCUACCAGUCCAUACUACUCUACCCACGGCCAGCAAGGAUAUGCCGGCGUCGCAUCCAACUACAGUCAAUACGGGCACACGCAGUACGGCUUCAACCAUACCGGUUUCGGGCCAAACAAUCCGCAAUCGAAUGGUCAAUUCAUGCAUGCCUCACCCAGUCAUCCGUCUUACAUGCUCACUCACCAGCAGCAAGCACUCGCCACUCCCCAUCAACCGACAGGUAUGUUCACACGCAAUCUCAUUGGAGCAUUGAGCGCAAGUGCAUUCCGGCUGCACGAUCAAAACAAAAAAUUCGGCAUCUGGUUCAUCUUACAGGAUCUUAGUAUCCGUACGGACGGCAUCUUUCGGUACGAGAAGGAACACCCAUUCCAAGAACCCACUAACCUGUCCUCUCCAUUACGCAGUCUCAAAUUCAACUUCGUAAACGUUGGCCUCCAAAACGCGAACCCUACCCCUCUCAACACCAACACGAACACCACCACAACCUCCCCUUCCAACCCCACGUCCCCACUAACCCCUGCCUCUGCCCACUCCUCUGGCAUCACCCCUAGUAGCGGCAGCGGUGCAUCCCUCAACACUAGCGCCGCGCCCGUCCUCGCAUCCGUCUUCACCCGCCCGUUCCAAGUUUUCAGCGCGAAGAAAUUCCCUGGUGUGAUAGAGAGUACGGAAUUGAGUCGCACGUUUGCUCAGCAGGGGAUUAAGAUCCCGAUUAGGAAGGAUGGGGAUGGUAGCGGUGGUAGUGGAGGUGGGGGUGCUGGUGCUGGUGCUGCGGGAAAGAGAAGGAGGAAUCUGGAGGAGGAUGAUGACGAGGGGCCGGGAGACGAGGAGUAG